AUGGGUGAAUCACGCACAGAACUGAUCCAAUGGAUCAACACCCUCCUCUCCCUCUCCUACACCAAAAUCGAACAACUCGGCUCCGGCGCCGCGUACGCCCAGAUCAUCGAUUCCAUCUUCUACAACGUUCCCCUCGCCAAAAUCAAGUUCGAUGCCAAACACGACUACGAGUACAUCAACAACUUCAAGGUGCUCCAAGAGACGUUCAAGCGGAAUCGGAUCGAUAAGCCGAUUCCGGUGGACAGGUUGAUUCGAUGCAAGAUGCAGGACAACUUGGAGUUUGCGCAGUGGUUGAAGCGGUACUGGGAUCAGAAUUUCAGCGGGGAGCUGUACGAUGCGGAGGGGAGGAGGGUUGGGGUGGGUGCACAGCCGCCGCCGUUGGUGGGGAGUGUCAGCGUGGGAGCUGCGAGGACGACCAGGGCUGCUCCACCAGCAGCGGCAGCGGCGGCGGCGAGCAGAGCACCCGCGGCGAGAAACGCUCCCGUUCAAGCAGCAAGACGUCCAGCACCCGGCGCUGCGAGGAGUGCACCACAACAAGCGCAAGCAGCCGCGGUACCCAACGAAACCAUCCAGGCCCUCACAGCUCAGAUGGACGACAUGAAGGUUUCCGUCGACUCGUUGGAAAAGGAACGCGACUUCUACUUUGCCAAGUUGAGAGACAUCGAGAUUCUCGUCCAGGAGAGAUUGGGUUUGUUGGCCGAACAGUUCCCCGUGCCCAGCGAGGAGGAAGACCCGGAAGGCUUGCACGUGGGCACCGAGGAGCAGGAGAGUCUCAAGCAGAUCCAGGCCAUCUUGUAUUCUACCGAGGAAGGCUUCGAGGUUCCCGAGGGUGAGGCGUUGGAAGGCGAGGAGGCGUUGGUCGGCGGAGAGGAGGACGAGAUGUUUUGA